AUGUCAGACUCUCAACCUCAACCCCAAUCAGCAUCUCGCUCGAUACCCUCAUAUAUCACGAACCCGGUAUACUUCCCCGGGGCGAAAGACGAAGAAGGAAAUGCAUCCUAUGAACUCCUUCGCCCACUCACUACGCUCCGACAUUGUCAAGAUGGCUCGCCCGCCGAGGCACGGAUUAUAUUUACUUGUAGACGAACAUCGUCAGACUCAGGAGAAGACAAAGGACAGGAUGAAGAAUUCGUAAUGAAAAUUAAAGUCCAAGUCCCCGGCACAGACACGAAACCCAGCAAAACCCCCGUUUCUGGGCCCAGCACCACGACCUCCUCCGAAUUGAAAGCUCUCGAAACUUUUCGCGCCGCCGCGUGGCUUCGCCCCUAUGCUCCAUCGCUGGUAUCUUACAGGCAAUCGACUCAAGAUGCCACCGGACCGUUGCCUGGCGGAUACCUCAGUUUCACAGUCAUGACCAAAAUGCCGGGGGAGUCGUUGUACGAUUUGAAUUUCUGGGGGAUGAAGGACGAAGAGCGCGAGGAGAUUGUGAGGGAGUUCAUGGUGGCGUUGCGUGCAAUCCACGCCCUGCACAUUGAACCCGUCGACUGCGCGUUGAGGAAUGUUCUGUGGGAACGCGAGACGAAAAGAUGUACAAUCAUUGACUUUGAACUAUGGCGUUCGACGGAGGAGUCGAUAUCAGAACAAGACGAAACGAAAGAACUUCAGCGUUGGGGAUUAAAGAGACUUCCGCCCGCGAAGAAUUGGUGGGAAGCCUGGAAUGCGCAGUGGAGAUAG